AUGGUGCGCUUGAGGGAGAUUCCGCGAACUGCGGCUUUCGCCUGGUCGUCUGGGACUUCCAAGCCCCUGCUCGUCACUGGAACAAGAGCUGGAGCCGUAGAUGUCGACUUCUCCGAUGAGACCAAGCUGGAGCUUUGGGACCUCGACUUAGACAACCAGGAGCAGGGUUUGGAACUCCAGCCCAUAGCCUCCCUCAGCACCGAAUCGAGAUUCUACGACAUUGCCUGGGGCCCUCCUGAUGCUGACCACCCUCGAGGAAUUAUUGCGGGCGCUCUUGAGAAUGGUGCUCUAGACCUCUGGGAUGCCGAGAAGCUUGUAUCUGGUGACGCAGAGGGUGCCUUCAUGUCCCGCACGCAAAAGCAUACAGGGCCCAUCAAAUCCCUCCAGUUCAAUCCCUUGAAACCACAGAUCCUCGCGACAGCCGGCGCAAAAGGGGAGCUUUUCAUUUACGAUGUCAACGAUAUUGCCAAUCCCUUCCGCCUAGGAAGCCAAGGGGCUCAUGACCUGGAAUGCAUUGCAUGGAACAGAAAAGUGCCUCAUAUUCUGGCUACAGGUGGUGCUGGUGGCUUUGUCACUGUAUGGGAUCUCAAGACCAAGAAGGCGUCCUUGACCUUGAACAACAACCGCAAGCCUGUUAGCGCCAUUGCGUGGGACCCAAACAACUCGACAAAGCUACUGACAGCUACGCCCGACGAUAUGACGCCCGUCAUCCUGCUUUGGGAUCUGAGGAAUUCGAAUGCGCCGGAGAGGACUUUGCAAGGGCAUGAACAGGGAGUUCUGUCUCUCUCAUGGUGCCAGCAGGAUAGCGAUCUGCUGAUAUCUUGUGGCAAAGACAACCGAACACUAGUCUGGAACCCCCAGACUGGCACGAGAUAUGGAGAGUUUCCCGAAGUUACGAACUGGACCUUCUUGACUCGCUUCAAUCCCCAUAAUCCAACCCUUUCCGCUACUGCAUCCUUUGACGGCAAGAUCACUAUCCAGACUCUUCAGAAUACAAACCCGUCCACGGCCCAGAGCGCAGCCCAGAGCAACCUGGAUGGUGAGGAUUUCUUCACCAAGGCUCAGACGCAGCCUCAAGGAGCCUCCUUCUCGCUGCCCAAGGCGCCAACGUGGCUCGAGCGGCCGAUUGGUGCUUCGUUUGGCUUUGGAGGCAAGGUCGUCAUUUUCAAGAAGAACGCGACUGCCCCUGGCCAACCCAGAUCCUCGAAAGUACAGCUGUCUCACUUCUCUGUGGAUUCUGAUAUUGGUUCCGCAACUGAGAAAUUUGAGGAAUCAUUGAAAACUGGUGAUAUCAAGCAGAUAUGCGCGACGCAUUUAGAACAUGCAAAGACGGAGGAAGAGAAAGGAGACUGGCUAGUCAUGGAAACGCUAGUCUCUGAAAACCCGAGACAGCAGGUUAUCCAGUACAUGGGCUUUUCUAAAGACGAAGAUGCCGACGCUGCUGAUACUGAUGAUGCAGCGCUGGACACCAGCCCAGCUGGUUCAGAGAUCGCAAAAGAAAAUGGCGAUCUGAAGAAACAGAAUCGUCUUUCCAGCUUCUUUGCAGAUGGUGCUGAUGGGGACGACUUCCUCUCUGACCUGGCCGCGAAUAAGGGAGCCAAAACAGAUAGCCCGUUCAGUCUCUUCGGAGAUGGCAACACCUCUCUAGAAAAUUCGGUCACCAAAGCUCUCAUGCUUGGCAACUUCCAUAAGGCUGCUGAGAUUUGUCUAAAGCAAGAUCGUAUUGCCGAUGCUUUCAUUAUCGCUAAUUGCGGUGGCAAGGAGCUUGUUGACAAGGUUCAGGCUACUUAUCUCUCUCAAAAGAAGGGCAGCCCCAGCUAUUUACGGCUGUUGAGCUCUGUCAUUGCCGAAAACCUGUGGGACGUUGUUUACAAUGCAGAUCUCAGUGACUGGAAGGAGACCAUGGCGACACUUUGUACCUUUGCAAAACCAACUGAGUUUCCAGACCUCUGCGAGGCGCUGGGUGACCGCAUUCUCGAGUCUGGGUCCCGCAAGGACGCUUCGUUCUGUUAUCUUGUGGGCUCCAAGCUCGAAAAGGUUGUCACAAUCUGGAUAACGGAAUUAGAAGAGGCGGAGCAAGCUGGAAUGAAGGAAUCGGAGACUGACUCUACAUUUUCAGUACACGCAAGAUCCCUUCAAAACUUCAUUGAGAAGGUCACCGUUUUCAGGCAGGUCACUAAGUUCCAAGACUCAGAGAAAGGUCUCUCUUCAGGAUGGAAGCUUGGCGCCCUUUAUGACAAGUAUACUGAGUACGCCGAUAUUGUGGCUGCUCACGGUCUCCUCGCCGUGGCCCAGAAGUAUCUCGACCUUCUCCCCCUGAAUUACCCUGCGGCAGAGCAGCGCGACCUCAGCCUAAUCUGGGGUUUCAGCCACCCCAGCCUGCUCUUGGGGCAAGUCCAGUCAACCUGUAUGCAGCACCAGCACCACCGCAGCAACCAAACCCCUAUGCGGCGCCAGCUCAACCACAGCAGUCAAACCCGUAUGCUCCACCUGCUGUGA